AAAGGAGUGGCCAUCUGUAGAUAGUCGUCCUCUCCACCGGAGUAAAGUCUUCUCUUAGUGGAAGCUUACAGGAGGGAAAUCAGAGAAACAAACCAGAAGUGUUGAGAUAGAAAACAGCAAAGGAGGAAGAAGAACAGAACUGACUUCAAACCACUUUUUCUCCCAGCCAUGGCAUCAGCUGCUUCCCCAAAGAGGAUGGUGUCCUCGGUCUUCAUCACUCUGGCGUCUCCAUAUCGAGCAACUGUAACACAACAGCAGCCGACUCUCCAAGCUCACAGCUCACCGGCAAGAGACAACCAGCACACUGCUGUCCGAGUCAGCCCGAGUGACAGCAUCCCCAACCUCACACACAAGAAGGAGAACCCCUCACCUUCUGAGACUAAUCGCAGCAAAAACCACACUCAUGGGGAUGCCUCAGCUCAAGCUUCAGGCCUUCUGAGCCCCAGAGCUGUACAACCAGGACCAAACAGAGCAAAGCAGCCAGAGGACAAAGACAACAUGGAGGUCCUCCCUCCUCCGCUUCCUCCCUCAGCAGUGCCUUCAUCUCUGGGGACAGCCCUCUCUGAAGAUUUAACACUUCCACCACCACCUCCUGCUCAAGAGCUCCUCUCCCGCCCUCUUACCUCGAGCCAGCAACCCGUUUACAACAGAGAGGUGGAAACAAGCACACCAUCUAGUGGGUUAACUCAAGCUGAACAAUCCCAAGGGAUCCAUAAAAAUACCCAACACACGAGUGAGGAAAGCAAAGAAGUGUGCGGCUUCUGUCGGAAGCCAGUGGCUCUGUCUGAACCAGCGAUCGAGGCCUUAAACAGGACUUACCACGAGGGAUGCUUCCAGUGUCGUUCAUGUCACAUCCCUCUGGCUGGAAAACACUACUACAACAAGUCGGGAAUCCCUCUAUGUGAAGACUGCUACCAGGCAAGUCUUGAGCUCUGCUGGGCCUGUGGGGAGGUCAUCAAAGAUCAUGUGAUCCGUGCACUGGAGCGAGCUUACCAUCCUACAUGUUUCACCUGUACGACAUGUAAACAACAAAUUGGAGAACAAAGAUUUGCACAAGGAGAAGUUGGAGAAGUGUAUUGCCUCCAGGACUACUACAGGAAAUAUGCACCAAAGUGUAACGCCUGUAACCAGCUAAUCAUUCCAAAAGAGGAUGGUACUGACAGCUACACAGUGGAAUGUCUGGGACACUCCUACCAUGAGGACUGCUACAGAUGUGAUGUGUGUGUCAUCCAGCUCUCACCUGAACCAAACGAACAUGGCUGCUACCCUCUGGAUGGGAGGAUGCUUUGUAAGUCCUGCCAUCUGACUCUGGUUUCUGGCCAGCACUAACGCCGCACGUCCAGCUUCAAGAAGAUGGGAGCCGACUACUCUUGUGCAGUCUUUUUUUUUUUUUUUUUUUUUUUUAUCUUUUU